AUGACUUGGGCGCUAAAGUUGCCAAAGCCAACAUAUGCACUGAUAAAAGUUCUUGAUAUUUAUAUUUCAAUUGUCAAGUUGUUGAAUAGACUUGGAACGGAUAUUGCUAUAGUAAAUUUCACUAGUAUCCAUGAUGCGACCCGAAGUGAACUGAAUGCAGUCCUGCUAUUAAUGGAAUUAAUUUUCGCAAUGGCGAAUAAAUUCAUUAUGAUUGGAGGAUUAUCUAAGUGCAUAGAAUUGAUAGGAGGUAUAUAUUCUUAAUUAGACUUAUUAAAAAGUCAACCUAUUUCUGAAGGACUAUCUCCUUUCUAACGCUUCUUCACUUACUGAUCAGUUUGUGUUUCAUGACAUCGAGAAGGCAACUCCUUGCGGACACUCACUACCUGUAAGCUGAAGAAUUGUAUCACCUUUCCGUCCGUUGUCAUGGAGCAUUCCCUAUUGCUGAGAUACUAACUUCUGGAGAGGCUGGAGACCCUUUUCCAACUCUCGGCUUCAUGCCCCAUGAGUAAAAACCUGUCAUCAGAAGAGCUUGGGCCAAUCAGCUCAGCGUUACUAUUCUACUUGAUUUUAGGAAAAUCUUGCCGAUACAUAUUCUCGAGCGUCAUCCUCACUUCAAGAUCACCGCACACCCUGCAAGAUUCUACUAAAGGAUUUAAGAGGGUGCAUUGUUUCAUCAGGCCAAUAUAAUGUAUUGAAAUUGCCGAGAGGAUGGCGCAAGAUAGCGCCAUCCUAGGGCAAUUACUAUAUAUGAUAGGAGAUUUAUCCAAUAAGCCUUUUAAUUUUAAAGAUAUAAACUAA